UCAUUGUCGUUGUCAUUAUAAUUUGUUCAGGCUUCUUCUUAAAAUCAACCGAUUUGGGAUUACAGCAUAUUUAACUUGCGUUGGAAACAGAUAAUUGCAUAGGAUACCAGAGAAAAUGAAUGAUUAUUUUUCAAAUAAUCGCCGUGUGGUACAAAUACUACGUGCUAUGUAAUGGACGUACUGGUAAAUGUCAGCGCCCGAAUUUGUUUCAGCUACCUCCAACAGACCUCGAGUGUAACAUAUACAGGAUAAUCGAGUCAAUUUGGAUAAUUAGGUCAAUGAAGUCACUACGUAUGAUGACAAGAAAAGAAUAGCAGUAAGUACAGUAAAUGGACAACAAAUCGUGAUUCGUGCAAGAUAAUGACACGGAGAUAUAUCAGCACUCACUUGUCUCUUCGAGCAUCUCGACUCUCGAAAUUUAUGAAUUUGUCUUCUUGAGAACUUUCCCGUCUAGAUAGACUAUAGCUGACAGUGAAUAUAUAAUGUAGUGGGAGCGAAUUACUGUCAAGAUAAAAAGUGGAGCUUUUUCUCUUCGGUUAUCCAGCGAUGCUCUCAUAUAACGUCAAACUGAUUAAACAAUCGAGCGCAGUAGACUGGACGAUAUCGUCAAUAGUAACAUGACGAAAAAACAUUCUAAAAUAAAAGUAAUAACGGAGAAUAUAACUUGCGAAAGUUCACUGAUGAGGUUAUGUCGUCAUUGGAAUCCGUCGUCAUCGUCGAUGAUCAUUCCUCGGUUACGAGCAUGUGCCAAAAUAAAAAUAACAAUGGCAAGGAGGAGCUGGUGCAUUUGUGGCGUGGCCCCGACAAGGUGUCCCUUGGAUUCGAGGAUAGUUUGGACGGCUUUGUCAGUAAAAUUGUCAACAUUGAAAAUUGGGUCUUGCUCAUGACAACAGCCUAUAGUUUGUACCACGGCGAAAUCAUUACUGAAAAUUACAAUGAUGAAAAUAAAUCAUCAUCAGCUUCAUUGUCUUUUAAAAAGACUCAAUUUAGUGCAAUUGAUAUAGCAGGCAAUAAUAAGCAUGCCUAUAUCGUUACCAAUGAUGGUCAGGUUCUGAAAAUGAACCCUAAGGAUCUUACAGUAGUCGAUACCAUUGUCCUUAAAGAUGAUACCAAUAGGUGUAGUAAUGAAUAUCAAAAGGAAAGUAAUAUUAUCAAGGUAUCUGAAUUAGCUGUAAAUGAUAACUCUGCUUUGUUUGUAACGGAAAAUGGUCAAUUGUGGGCAAGUGGCAAUCAACCACAAAUUGAUAUUAAAUCUCAGGAACCUAAGAAAGUUUUUUUUUUUGAUGGGCAAACUGUUUCAAAUGUUGCAUGUGGAGAUAACUUUUAUGUAGUUUUGUUAAAAAAAGAAUCUAGAAUAUUAAAAGAAGAUACAGAUAGUGAAGAGGAUGCAGAAGUUUUCAAUAAAUCAUAUUCAAAAUACAAUAAUAAUGUCAUAUCAAGCUCUGUAAAUACUCAACAAUUAAGUGCAACUCAAUCUAGGAAUUCAAUAAGUUCUAUGUCAAGUACAAAUAAAGUUGUUUUUUGUAAUACAGAUAAUGAAAACUUAGUCAGUAACACUGUUGAUUCUAUCGCAAAUGGUAAAUUAUGUACAAAUGAAGUUUUAGAGUCUGAUAAGGACGAGAAAAAAAAGGUAAUGUUAUUAAACACAGAAGCUGCAAAACAAUUUCUCACAAAACAAUUAUCUUGGGUGUCAUCUUAUAGUAAUGCAAAAGAUGAAUUUCAAAUGGAUACAAUCGAUAAUCCUACAAGUCUUAUUAAACAGAAUGUAUCAAGCAUGGCUAGUUUAGUUUAUGAAGGUGUUAAAACAGUAGGAGACAAGGUUGUAACAUUAUCCAGACAUGUCAGUGGUAGUUCUGAUGUUAAUGAUAUUAAAGAUGAUUUAAACGAUACUUUUGAAGAGUUAGGCAUUGAAGAAUCAAAAAGAGCUGCUAGCAGUCUAAUAAAUAGUUUACGUUCUGAAGAACUUCCUAGAUCGUCUAGUGGAGGCUCAUCGGAGUAUGAGUUGGAACAACAAUAUUUGAAUGAAAAAAUUAAUUUAUUGACUCAAGCAGGCAAUAAUAUAUUGUCUACUGAAUUAUGGACAUGGGGUGACGUAAAAUACGGACAACUCGGCGUUGGAGAUAUGAUUAAUAGACCGAGACCUCGUGAAAUCACAAUGCUCAAUCAUUCUGCAAUAAAGAAAGUAACAUGCGGAAGUUUUCACACCCUUGCUCUUACAUUAGAUGGCAAAGUUUAUGCAUGGGGCAGAAACAAUUUUAUGCAAGUUGCACAUUGUUUGCAAGUGGAUCAAAAAUCACCACAACUAUUUUCUUCAAAUUUUUUUAUACAAUUAUCACCUAAUGAAAAAGCUAAAGACAUUGGGACUGGCUGUGAUCAUAGUUUGAUAAUGAUGCAUAGUAAAUUAUUUUUAAUGGGAAAACACAGAUCUUCUGGAGUAAUGUCAACUUUAGAAAUUCCUGAAGCAAAGGAUUAUGUACUUAAAAAUAUUUUUUGUUCCAAUAAUCUAAGCUGCUGUACAAUAAAUGAUGAAUUAAUUAAACCAAUAUCAGAAAUACUAACAGAAGAACAAAUAUUUUUAGAUGAGACCCUAUAUAUUUAUAAAAACUUAAUAAUUCCAUUUCAGAAAAAGGGUUUUAUCGCUUCCGAGUUAAAUGUUUAUGAAACUAUGUGUCGUUAUCAUAACGAACUUUUGAGCAUUAAUGUAUUAAAUGUUGAAAGCAUAUGGGAAUAUUAUAAUUGUACAAAUAAAUUAUAUGACAUUGUAAUUAUUAAGAAUGUCAAUGAAUUCAUAAGCAUAUAUAAGUUUUAUUUUAAUAUAAUAUGUGAUAUAAUUGCUCUCAAUGGAUUUGUACAAAUUGCUAAGCUUAUUGAUGUGGUAAAAGUACUUUCAAAUUUUUUUAAAAACAAGAUAAAAAAUAAAGAUACAAAUGUUACUAAUGAGGCUAUUAUUGAAUUUGUCUUAAAAAAUCCUUUGCAACAUUUGAGCAGGUAUAUAAAUAUAAUAAAAAAUCUAAUAAAAUUAAACAAACAUAAUGAAAGAAAUGAACAAUUACAAGAAGUCUUAAAAAAAUGGGAAGCAGUUCCUAAAGAACAGCGGAGACGUUUAGAAGAAGCUGAAAAUACAAAAAAAUUUUGGGAGGGAUCUGGAAAAAUUGUAGAGCAAUUUAGAUUACCUGAAAGAAGGAUGAUUAGAGAAUCUCGAUCACAUCAGAUUUCUCUAUUUAAUUCUAGUAUAUUUUCAUCACAUUGGUUUAUUCUAUUAACUGAUGUAUUUAUUCAUAUUACUGGGACAUCUUAUGCAGCAUAUCUUUUACAAUUAUUGUGGGUUGAGCUGUUACCAGACUCGGAUGCAUUACAAAAUGCUAUAUCAAUUACAACACCAGAAGCUAAUUUAAUUUUAUACACUGCAUCACCUGCUGAUCGUAGUGAAUGGUUUCACGCUUUACAAAUUGCUAUUAAAAAUAGUCUUCAGAGGUCUACCAGUCAUAUGCCUUCGCAAAUUCGCACUGGUUCUUUUUCUUUUAUAAAACAUUCCACUUACAAAGAUGCAAUAUACAAUGGACAAUGGUUAAAUGGUAAAUUACAUGGUUCUGGGAAAUUAGAAUGGGCUGAUAAUCGUAUGUAUGUUGGACAAUUUCACAAAGGUGCGAUACAUGGAACUGGACGAAUGGAAAUGCCAUUACAAGGUGUCUACGAAGGUCAAUGGAAAGAUGGUCAACAAAAUGGCUAUGGCAUUAUGAAUUAUAUAAAUGGCGAUAUAUAUGAAGGAUACUUUAAGGAUGGCCUACCACACGGACACGGAAUGAAGAAGGAUGGUCAUUUUAUGGCUUCUGUUGCUUCUGUAUACAUUGGCGAAUGGUUUUGUGGUGUUAAACAAGGUUAUGGUGUUAUGGAUGAUAUAAAAACAGGUGAAAAAUACUUAGGAUCUUGGAACAACAACAUGAAACAUGGUAGUGGAUUAAUCGUUACAUUGGAUGGAAUAUAUUAUGAAGGAAUGUUUGUUCAAGAUGUUUUUACGGGUCAUGGGAUUAUGGUUCUAGAAGAUGGAACUCAUUAUGAAGGCGAUUUCAAAUCUGUUGGUGUUUUCGGUGGAAAAGGAAUUUUGACUUUUUACAAUGAAGAAAAAUUAGAAGGGAAUUUUAGUGGUACAUGGAACGAGGAAAUUAAAGUUACAGCUAUUCUACAUAUAAAUAAUAAAAUAUCUGAAAAAUCUCAACUAGCAGAACCACCAUCUUUCGGCAAACUUUGUACUUUACCCGAUCAGAAGUGGAAAGCAAUAUUUCGCCAGUUUUAUCAGCAGCUAGGCAUACCGGAAUCGAUACUUAGUGCCAAUUCCAAAAGCAUCUCUGUGCAUCAGCUCGAAACUCAAAAAGUGUGGCAGCACGUAGCCGUGAUAAUGUCUAAAUCUGAGAGAUUGCAACGAAAAACCCAUUAUUUUAGUAGCAGCAAUACUUCUCUUUUAAGUCGCCGAGACAGUACAGACACAAAUCACGAUCAGUUAAACAAGAUCUUAAGCUUCGAUGACAACAAAUUGACCUUGUACGCAUACGAGCAAAUCCAUAAAUACUUGUUGCGCGCCUUCGACAGCCCUCAUCAUCCUCUCGGUACUUUACUAAAUGAAUUAGCUACCGUAUACACAGCUACAUACGGUGGCGUGAGAGUACAUCCUCUGUUGUUGAAACAUGCGGUCGUAGAGUUGAGAAGUAUCACCACAAGAAUAUAUGAAGCAAUCACAUUAUUUUUCCCAGCAUUGCCCAAAGCCACAGAUCAGUGCAUACUCAAAUCCAAUAGUGACGAUAAUAAGGAAGAAAAAGUAAUAAGUGCAACAGCGAUACUUCAUCCUAUCAUAUUGCCUCGAGUUUACUCUGCAUUAUUUGUAUUGUAUGCCCUUCACAAUAAAAAAAUGGAUGAUGCUUACUGGGAACGUUUAAUUAAAUGGAACAAGCAGCCAACUAAUACGUUAUUAGCUUUUUUGGGCAUUGACCAGAAAUUUUGGACAAAUUUUAAUACAUCAGCAAAUGACAUAUUGUUUAAUGAAGCAAUUGAAACAUUACAACAAUUAAAAACAACAUUUUCGGCGGUAGAAAAAUUAAUAGUUAUUAGAAACACGCAUUAUCAAAUUGAGCAGGCUAUACAAAAAAGAUUAGAAAAUUACAAAUUACCUGCAGAUGAAUUAAUACCAAUAUUUUAUUUCGUUGUUGUUCGAGCAAGUGUUUUACAACUUGGAAGUGAAAUAAAUUUCAUUUCAGAUUUUAUGGAAAGUUAUCUAAUGAAUGGACAAAUUGGAUACUCUUUCACAACAAUCAUGGGUAUCUAUAAUCAUAUAUUAAAAGAAAAAAUAACAAUGGACGAUUAG